GAGUAAUGUAUGCUCGCGGUCUCGUCCUACAUUCCCCCCCUUCUUCGAUCAACCGCUUCGACUUGACGGCCAUUACCUAACCGUUCGGCGCUCUACAAACUCCAUGCUCACAACAACCAACAACAAACAAACAUAGCCAUUACGCGCCUUAACUCAAAUGUGCAGAGUUCAUUGUACCGAGAAUUGGCCGCAGAAAACAACUUGGUUUCGUCUACUUCACUCGCUGUUUACACUGGCCUGUCGGCGAUCGUCAUUUAAUUAAUUCGAUAUUUGAACGCGGCAAUGCGCUGCCAUUUCUUUUGGUCGCGAUAAUUCAAUUUUAGAAUCAUUUUUCGUUUUUUUUUAUUAACUCAACCGUCAUGUUUUUACUGUACGGACAGAUUUUUACGUUUCUGUGAAAAUAAAUUGGUCGGCUAUCGUCAUGGGCAAACUUUUUAUGAGCUUCGCGAAAGUUGAAACGGUUUUGGUCGCGUAAAUUCGGUUUUUUUUUAUUAAUAUGAUUGUGUUGAAAAAAAGUGAAUGCAUGGCUCACCAGUGAAGUGGAUUUAAAUAUGUUUAUACAAAAUGUUAGCUGGUCAGGAAGCCAGUAUUGAAUUAGUGCAACGAUGGCUCCAAGGUCCAUGUCACGAGGAUAUAGAAGGCAGCUCGAGUGGGUCGCCGGGUGCGCGCACUGGCCGCCGCUCCUCGUUGGCGCUUACGCCGGAAGACGAGCCGCUGGUUGACGUCGCCAACCACAAACAUAGAUACGCGGCUUAUGCCGGAAAACGAGCUGAUGGUUGCCGUCGCCAAACACAUUCGCAUGUACAUCGAUACGCGGCUUACGCCGGAAGACGAGCUGAUGGUUGCCGUCGCCGUAAGUUGAUCAUACGUUUUAGAACCACAUACGUAUGUACAAAAGGUACGCAUCGUUUAUUCGUGGCAAGGGAGCUCGAUGGCGCAGAUGAAUAG